UAUCACCCAGGCAACUUACAUCUAGAAUUAUGCCACUAUCUUUAUUCAUUUAAUAUGUACGUGCCAGUUGCCAAAAAUUUGCCUAAUAUGGAAAUUGGUCUAUCCAAUUGUGUUACACCGCUAAACUUAAUAUCGUAGCACCAUGUGAAACGAGUAACGGAAUGGAAGCCUCUUAUUGGAAAAAAAUCAAAUGAACUCAGAAACCUUGUAAAUAAACACAUACGCAUGCACAUGUAGAUAGAUAGAUAGAUAGGUAGGUAGAUAGAUAGAUAGAUAGAUAGAUAGAUAGAUAGAUAGAUAGAUAGAUAGAUAGAUAGAUAGAUAGAUGUCGCAGAGUUAACCGCAAUAAGUUUCUUAACUCUUAUAAAUUGUACCGUAAAUAAUUAAGGAACUAAACUACAUAUAUCACCAUGGAUAAUGAUUUCAAACAAUUAAUAGCGAAAUUAAAUGAUUCCGUUCUAAUUGAUAAACUGUUACAAGGAAUGCAUAUUUCCUGGGAGGAUUCUCUGCAGCCUGAUCUUAAUCACAUAAAACUUGGUCCGAAACGAGAGGAAUUAACUAAGGUUAUUCCCAUGACCAUUGUCUACAGUAUAAUAUUUUUCACUGGAAUUAUAGGGAAUGUGUGUACUUGUAUUGUUAUUGCUAAAGCAAAAUAUAUGCGAACUACAACAAAUAUUUACUUGUUCAAUUUGGCGGUUGCCGAUUUACUUGUUCUCAUUCUCGGCCUUCCUUUCGAGAUUUAUACAUUUUGGUCAGCUUACCCUUGGAUUUUCGGGGAGGUGUUUUGCUACCUCCGAAACAUGGCAUCUGAAACAACAACAUGCGCAUCUGUUCUGACGAUAACAGCGUUCACAAUUGAAAGAUACAUGGCAUUUUGUCACCCGACAAAGGCGCCGUCUAUAUCAAAUUUAACUCGCGUUACUAAAAUAUUGGUGGCGAUUUGGUUUCUCUCUGGAUUACUCGCAAUACCGCUAACAGUUCAAUUUGGUAUUGUCUACGUAAAAGAUGAGAAAAAUAAAUCCAUUAAAGAAUCGGCUCAAUGUACGCUGAAACAAAUUGACCAUUCCAGUCCACUUUUUGGUAUUUCAGCGUUUUUGUUUUUCAUUCUACCAAUGACCAUUAUUAGCGUUAUGUAUGUUUGUAUUGCUCUGGCUAUUCGGAGGUCAACACUGCAGAGAUCUCUUUCGGAUCGUUCUGCUAAUAGAAAAGGCUAUCCAACAUGCUUCCCAGGUGACAGGCAGAGUCAGGCCAGAAAAGCUGUCGUCAAAAUGCUAGUUGCUGUUGUGGUAGCCUUUUUCAUUUGUUGGGCGCCGUUUCAUAUCCAGCGCCUCAUGGUGUUUUAUGUAAAGGAGUGGACAAUAAAGCUGCGUCAAGUAGAAAAGAUAAUAUUCUACAUAUCAGGCAUUCUGUACUACUUCAGCGCGACAAUCAAUCCUAUACUGUACAACAUAAUGUCCGUCAAAUUUCGACAGGCUUUCAAAAUGACACUGCUGAACUUGUGUAGCAAAAACACUCCGAGAAAUCAUACAUUCAUGCUGUACAGAUAUACAUUUAAAGAUCGGAAACACUCUCUUGAUAUCGUCAACAAAGCCAAGAACUGUUUCAUUCCUCCACGUGAAUGUGGCCCUCCCUGCAUAUGCCCAGUUCCGAGUAGUGGGAACUCUCAUUCAGGGUAUCAUAAAAGUAAUACGGUGCCCCUUUCAGUAUUAAAAGACGAAAGAAACUGAACCAUGGCAGUCAUUUGCUUACGAAACAAAUAAACAUCAUAGUCAUAUCUCUAAAUUUUAUGUAUUAACAACCUGAAGAAACGUUCCUUUCUGUUUUAUAGCAGUUGUUGUUUCACCUAGUGUUGUUACUACCGAUGAUGAUGACGAGGAGGAGGAGGAGGAGAAAAGAGUUAUUUGACUUAAUGAUAAGGAUAGACAUUACAAUAAUCUUCAUGGAUAAGGGCCGUAACCGUCCAAUAACAUGCGAAUAUUUUCGGCUCUUCGUUUCGAAUGAUUAACCCAUCAUUUUCUUAUAAUUAAUUACAUACACAGAAACAUCCAACCGUGCGCACAUGAGCGCGUGCAUAUUUGUUUGUUUCUGGUGUGCUUAUGUGUAUGUGUGUGUAUAUGUGUGUGCACGCUUGCGCGUUUGUGCGCGUACACGCGCGCAUGUAACUACAAUGGUCGUUAAAAGGAAAACAAGAAGAACAAUGAAUGACAAAUAAGAAACAAUGAAUCUAAAUGUUCAUCAGACGGAAAGUAUAAAAUUGUGAGAAAGAGAAAUAGUCAAUGAGGAAAAAUAUCAGCGAAUUAUUAGAAACCAGGUGGGAAUAUGGUGAUCAUGGUAGGUGUGAGGAUGCCAAUAUAUUGAGUGUAUCUAUAUCUGGAGAUGAUAGUAAUUGUGUAUGCAUAUGUGUGUGUGCAUGUGUGUGGGUGGGUGUGGGUGUGUAGUAUGAAUAGUAGUCAACAAAGAAAGAAAAUAAAUUUCUGUCUGCGGAGACAAUAUAGCUUGUAUGAGAUCAGAAUAUGUAGAGGUGGAGGAAAGAAAGGCGUAAUGCAGUAAGUAAUAUAUGAAUAAAGUAUACAGAAUGUUUAAAUCUUAAUGAUAUGCAGUAAAGUAAUAAUGACAUUUUACAUUAUGACAUAAUUGUAAAUUUCUUACAGAAAUACUUAACGAAAUAAAUGUCGCCUAAUAUAAUGUAUAAUAAAACUUGAAAUAUUAUCGAAAGAAUAUAUAUAUCCUGCUUGACCAAGUUAGAAAUCUACCGAAUAAACUCAUUAGCAUACGACAAUUAUAUAACAGAUAUUGUUAUUUCAGGUUGUAAGAAAUCUAGGGAAAACCAAACAACUGUUCUUCAGAGAAAACGCACCCUCGGGCAAAUGUAUCGGCCAUUAACACUCCUUACACUCUAAGGGCGUCGGGCCGCAUCUAGGAUACUUCUCUGCCGCAAUACUCUGUACUACUGUCUGCACUUCUUCCCCCGCUGGGUGGUUAAGAUGACUAAGUGCCAAGGUACUUUCAGUGUUGUAACCAGUUCAACCUGAGGCAUUAGUUGACUUUAGGGUUAAAUAACGAAUUAAUUUAUCAACUUAUAUUGUAUAGUUGUUACGUUAUCCUGAAAAAAAUUCUAUGCAUUUAUUCUGACUCGCCUUCCACUUUUGUCCCCCGGUUCCUUGCUACAAACUUGAUUUUCUCAUUUAAGUAUAUAGAUUUACUCCAUCUUGUCGAUAUUCAGAAAUAACUUUAAACAACGCUCGUUUCAAUGUAAUUUUAUUACUUUUUCAUUCCUUUACGCCUACUCUUCCUUAUCACUUCAACUCUUUUCAUUUCUCCUUUCUAUUAUGUCCAACGAGAGUUGCCUUCCUGUCAUUCGAUCGAUUAAUAGUUCAUUUUUUUCACAAUUGAUUUUUCUCUUACUGUUUACAGUAUAAAGCCAUUUGAAUUAUUAUAGACAGCUUUACAUCACUGAAGAAUUAUGUAAUUAGUGAAACUGUUAACAACACGUAAUAUAUAUGUACAUAGCGUUCUUAAUGAUAUGUGGCCAAUUGCUGAUGAAAACAAAGAUUAUAUUCAUUCAUGGUAGUAAUUUGAACUCACACCCACAGAAUAUGACUUUUCCCUUCAGUUUAUUCAACUCUGCUGUUAGGUCAUUUUAGUCUCUAAUACAUCAAACCAACAUUGACAUCAGCCGCAACAGCACGAAAAUAAACUGAUAUCUGUAACUGAUUUCUUUCGUGAAAGGUUUGAAGUACAUAUUACUCUACUACCUAUUGUAAGAUUUUAAUCUGAAUCAUGUUAAAUUAUGCAUUCUUACAGUGAACUGAUCCGAGCAAUGAGCAAUUCAAAAUUGCAUGAUAUUGUAAAUGAAGGAGUCGAAUGAACUGUUCGCUUGUCUCCAGACUAUCUAUAGGCUGUCACAUAAAUAGUUGAGUAAGACUCUUCAUAUUUCAUUUACGUUCACCACCAGCAAAUGGUUGCAAGUAAUGAUUUUGAAGUUAUGCUGCUCGCUUCACAUCUCGACCCUCACAGCUAAUCACUUUGAUGAGUUGCAGGAACAUUGAUAAUACAAAAUGAUGCACAGUUUACAGUUAUAAACCAUUGUAACUAUAAGCUUAUAGUUACAAGCGAUUGUGCCAAACGGUUACCAGCCAUUACAACUUACUUUUACGCAGCCUUCGACCUCUGUUACAUUAAUGCAAUCCAAAAGGAGCUCUUCGCUCAGCUAGUCUCACCACGAAACAACUCCUUAGUUGGUUGAAUUCCCAAAAUUGUUAACAUAUUUCUGACUGUUCCCGUAAAAGGGUAUUAAUUUUAUCCUCUGUUUUUUAAGUCAGUCUAAGAGGUAAUCUAAUUUACAUAGAUUCUGUAUAGCACAUUUUCUACACAAAAAUUACUGAACUAAAAUCGAUAUAUAGACAUUUUAAUGAUGAAUUUCAAUGGAUGUCUUUAUUGUUCGUACA